GCCUGUUCAAACGUAGCGCUUCUCAUGUGCCGAACGCAUUAGAAACAAUAGAUAAUGAGGCAUAAUGAUUUCACCUGACUUGUUUUUAAUGUGUUCGGCACACGAGAAGCGCGUCGUUACUGAAACAGGCCUAAAGGCAAUUUUCCAUUGCAGUCGCUUUGUCCGCGCGGGCGGAGCGGGCUUUUUGAAAAUCUGCUCACGCGGGCGUGACGGGCUUCAAAAACAAUGAACGCUUCGCCCGCGCGGGCAAAGCGAACGUUAAUGGAAACGGCCUUAGUGUCUAAAUGGCCUUGUUGCCUAAUCAAUUUAAUGGCAUUUUUAACAAGUUCUCCCACCAGAAAGAAACAAGAGGAAACAACUCAAAAUUGAGACUACCAAAAGUGAAAACAGAAACUGGACGCAAGAUGUUCUCGUUCCAAGGAGCUCUGGUUUUUAACGAACUGCCAGAAGAUUUGAGGAAUGAGACAUCACUUUUACGUUUUAAGCAAAAGUGUAGAAACUUUUUUAUGAAAACUGAUUAGUGGAUUUUUAAAUAUUUUUAUAUAAAUGCUGAAGCCAAAAACUUUUUAGUUAUUAUAUAAGUAUAGAACAGAUUAUUUAGUCUAAACAGGUCCUUGAGUGAUAGCAGCUAUUCCUUUAGCUGACCAAGUUUAACCUGUAUAAAUAUGGUAUAUUAUUAUUAAUAUUAUUAUUAAGGCAAGUGUCGAAUACCUGUACAUUAAUUUAUUUUUUUUUAUUAUUAUUUACGCCCAUAAAAAAUAUCAAGUUAUUUACAUUUAUUUUUCUAUUGUUUUGGAUAGGCUAGGAGCCUUCUAGAAACCUACUAGGCUUUUUAAUUAAGACCCCUAUUGACUAUAUUUACAUUGUUUCAUUCUAUUUAGUCAGUUCGAAUAAUAUAUUAGAUUGAACAAAGAUAAAUGCGUAUAUAACAAGUAUAAAAUAAAACAUUAACAUGCAUAAAAACUUAAUUAUAUAUAUUCGAAGUGGAGGAUACUAUAUAUGUAUAUUUACAGUAAAGAAAGUGAUAAUAUGUUUUAAACCAUUAUACAUCCAUUGUUGAAUAUAUAAUGAUUUUUUAUUUUAAUUUUAAAAGUACUAUAAGAGAAAAUAGAUUUGUAUUUAGAUGCUAUGCUAUUCCAAACAUCAACUCCUUUGUUAGAAAGAGUAUGGAUUACAUAAUUCGUUCUUUUAUAAGUCUUGUGAAGCUUAGUUGCAUUCCUUGUGCCAUGGUCAUGUAUUUUAUUAUUGGGUAUGAAAUAAUUUACGAAUGUUUCUGGUAAAUUCUUCAAAUUAUGAUAUCGAAACAUAAAUAAACUUGUUAGGUAUUGAUUCAAUUUAUAAAUGCUUAGUAUUUUUAACUCCUUAAAUAUUGGUUCGGUAUGUUCAAAGUAAGAAUUAAACGUCAUUAGACGAAUAAUCUUUUUCUGAAUAUUUACUAAUUUUUGUGUUCUCUUUUUGUAUGGGUUACCCCAUAUUAGAUUGCCGUAAAUAAGAUAUGGAUAGACUAAUGCAUAAUAAAUUAAUUUAAGAGCUUUCAAGUUUAUGAAAUGUCGGAUCCUGACAAUGACUGCUGUUGAUUUUAUAAUUUUCUUUGAUAUUUGCUCUAGAUGAUCAUUCCAUGUCAAUUUAAAAAUAACAAUGUCCCCAACUCUAGUUUUCGAAGUAACGUGGCUUUACGUUUACGUCCUUGCAUGGAUUCAAGUUUUGCUCCAUGUUGUUCGGUAUUCAGUUCUUAAACGACUUAUAAUUCGCAUAAGUAAAUUCAAAUAAAGGAAUUUGGCGGAGAAUUGUAUUCAAGCGAAGUAAAACAUCAGCUAUGAGCAUUUUACUUUAGCCUGAUUCACAUAUGCCUGCGGUAAUCCAGCGCUAUCAUUGUUCGCAACUGUUGAUGCAUACAUUCUCAGUUCGUGAAUUGUUUGGUUGAACUGCUAUAACAGAGAGUUUGGGCAAGAGAACGAAGUCGGACGACGACGACGUGGUUGACACUAUAUUUUUGCCUGUCUUGCACAUUAUCUUGCGCAUUUUGAGUUUAGGGUCAGGAGUGCAGACAGAUUAGAGAUUCAUGUCUAGCUGUUUGUGAAUGCUGACAGUCAAAUCCUUACCCUGAUCAGGAUGAACAGCGAGACAUGAAUCCAUAUCCCGUCUUCGUUCUUCUGUCUUCGUUCACAACGAAUAUUUUGGCAAAAUUCGUUGUGAAUUUCGUUCUGCACGAAGGCAGAAGGACAAAGAUGGGAUAUAGUUUCAUGUCUCGUUCCUUUCUGGAUCAGGGCAAGAAUUAUGGUCAGUAUUCAUAAACAGCGACACAUGGGAAGACACGUUAAGCAACUACCAGUGACGUCCAACUCAGUAUGCGCAAGAUAAUGUGCAGGCGGCAAAAAUUGUCAAGUAUGCCUUCGUCUUCGUACUUCGUUCAGUUCGUUGUCUUGCUCAAACUCUGUAACGACAAUGGCCCGCCGACAGUAAACAAGUGUCCAAAAAAAACCCAAAACUAUUGAAAUAAUGUAUUGUUAGAAUUUGACUGCUCUAGCGCUAAGCUGAACGCAAAGAUGCGUAAAUAUUGACAGGGUGCAUAUGUUAAAUAUUGACUUAGGGCCUGUUCAUAUGGGCAAAAAUUAUCCCGGUUAACGAGAAAACUUUUCGAAUAGCCAAAUACUUUUGUUCUGUUCAUAUGGAGAAACUUUAUCCCGCUUACCGGGUAAAGUUUUCGGCUGUGACGUGGCACUGAACAUCAAUUGAAUUGAAAAGUUGUUGACACGACAGAAAGUUUAUCCCGCUAAGCGGGAAAGUUGUGUUCAUAUGGGAAAAGCAUUAUCCCGGUCACCGAGAUCUCGCCUGUCAACAAGCGAGAUCUCGGUUCUCGCUAACCGGGAUAACUUUUGCCCAUAUGAACAGGCCCUUAUUAAGACAUAGUUUUCGAAUCAUAAACUGUUAAAAACGCAUUUUCAAACAUCGAAUGGUUAAUUAGGGACUUUUACCGAGAUAAUUUAAUUAUUUACUAAUUUACGUACAUUAUUAAUAAUUUACAGCAAUAACCAUUUGAAGAAUAAAAAAACUGUUUAAAAGUCUUUUAUGUAGUUUUCGACAAGCUUUCUGAUGAUGCAAGUUAUAUUUAUCGCGAUUGAAUUCAAAAUUUCACAUUGUUGUAGUAGAAUUUAAUAGCAAAUAAUGCAAAUAGCAUCGUAACUCUCUAAAAAACAGUUUCACGAUAGCCCCACUUUUGCAUGUUGUUCUACUCAUAAAAAUAUGCUACUGUGCACAAUUUGGUGCUUUUAAACUUCUUCGGAAACAUCCAUGCACAUAUCCGCCACACAUGCAACAAAGAAACACGACCCAGCAGUACAUGUGCCGUGUGGAAGGGUGUGAUCAGAAAUAUGUUUUCCACUCAAUGAGAGUAAAGUAAGUGUAUAUGUUGAAGAAUCAAAGUUCCCAGCUAAAUCUUAUAAAUUAAGCAACACUGUGACUCCUAUAUCCCUUCCUCAUAUUUUUCAGUGUUAAUUUACUCUGUUUUCCAGUGCCACAUACUUUUCCAGUGCCACAAAAUGCUAUAGUACCUACAAUCCUGGACAAAAAAAGUGGCAAAAACUAGUUUAUUACUUCAAAAUAUAAUUUUAAGACAUGUUUGUCCCAAUGAUGCCCCCUUCCCCCAAUAUCACUGUUUUUCCAAGUUAUCUGGCUUCGAAUACACCCAUCAACAUUGAUAUUAGGGGAAGGGGUGUGAAAUUCAAUGAAUUUUCUUAGUUUUUAGCCUUUUGCCAGUAAUUUAUGUCCAGGAUUGUAUGAACUUGAAUGGGAAAAUUACGGAGUUUUCCCAUACAAUACUCUCGGUUUUAGCUCGCUUUUAAUUUUUUUUACCACUUUAUUUUGUAGUUUGGCAAAAUAUAUUAUGACCUUGCUAAUUUCAUUACAAAGUUCAAACUUCCUAUUUAAAACUGUGCAUGCAUGUGAUUGGCCAUUUGAAUUAGGGUUUCCCUAAUGUACUUCCGCUAGUCUUUGGCGGGAAUUUUCAAAGUACUUCUCAUAGGUUUGAAUAUUGUUUACAUUUAAUAUUAUAUACGUUACGAUAUAAUGGAAAGUGGUGAAGCUAGCGCGAAUUUUAGCGGAGAGUCAAAUAACAUAGACUAAAAUUAAUUCAUAACUUAGUGAACGUGAGAACCGACGGAUAUACCUCAUAACUUGCGCAAGGGCAAAUUUAGAUAGAUUCCCGAAUUGUCUGACAUUUACCAACAUUGUACUAGAGGCGUUCAAUAACGGGAAAAGUAGCAAGAAGGUUGUCCAGUGGGCCUGCUGCAUAGAAGAUCAUGCAAACGGGGCAAAACAUUUUCACACGGCUGUUAAACUGAAUGGAACGAGACGAUGGAAUCCUGUCAAGAAUUUUAUUUGUGUCACCAACAUGUUACCAACGUGUGACCAACGUGUCACCAAAUUUAUUAUAUUGAAAUUACUCUACACAAACGUGUCACCACGUGUCACCAGUACUAGUAUAAGUAAAGUAUAUAUACUUUAUAUAAAAUUUUGGUGACACGUUGGUGACACGUUGAUUUACUAUAUACGAAGCAGAAUUAUCUUGGUGACAUGUAUGGUGACACGUUGGUGACACGUCAAAUUGAAAUUGUAGGCAAAGAACUAUUGUUGGGAAUUAUUAGUUUUAAUUCUAAAUUAAAAUCUCCACAAGCGGAGAUCAAUUAUAGUGUUGUAGUUUACAUAUUAUCAUUAAUGAUCAUGUUAAUUCAUUAAAGAGCUAUUUAAAUUGAAUAAACACGGGAAUAGAACUUAGGGUGUGUUCUGCACAUGCGUAUGUCUAGGAUAAAAUCCCACGAGCGCAAACGAAACUAUUGCUGUAUAAAAUUGAACUGAAAGGAUUCAGACUUCAGAGAGACGAUUUUUGGCAGUGCUUCGGGUGUCCGAUGAUAUAGUAUGAGGGGCUUUAGCACUGUUACCUUCUCAUCUUGAGAUUGUGACGCUAUUGCGUGUACUUGUCAGGGUGACGAAGAUGUAUUACUGCUAAUAAUGUCUGUGUGCACAUAAAUGUCAAAUACAUGAAAGUUGUGUAAAUAUAUAAAGAAUCACUUCAUAUCGGAGUCAUUUCAUACUAUUUUCAGUAUAAGUAAAAACCCUAUCAAUCAGACAUCCCGAUACACUAAAACUAAAACAUUCAAAUUUGGAAAUUAUCUCAUACAAUCCUGGACAAAAAAAGUGGCAAAAACUAUAGUUUAUUACUUCAAAAUAUAAUUUUAAAACAUUUUUGUCCCAAUGAUGCCGCCUUCCCCCAAUAUCAAUGUUUUUCCAAGUUAUCUGGCUUCGAACACACCCAUCAACAUUGAUAUUAGGGGAAGGGGGGUGAAAUUCAAUGAAUUUUCUUAGUUUUUAGCCUUUUGCCAGUAAUUUAUGUCCAGGAUUGUAAGUCGUUACUUACUAUAAUGAGUACCUAAGUAAGAUAUUCGAAAAUGAAAAGUAUAUAUUUUCUACUGUAAAUUAUAUACUUUCUGUGACCUAAUUGACCUCAUCACUACACAAAAUUUGCUAUUUUUAAUCAUUUUUGCCAUAUUGUUUUUUUACAGACACGAGGUUACAUGUCAUAAUGUCAUUUUCUCAAAAUAUGAAGCAAGUGAUGGCGAAAGAGAUGACUUUGGUUUUUACCAUUGUAGAUCCUCAUGUGGUUUUGUAUUCUCGAGCAAAACAACAAGGAACAGGUAUUGUUAAUAAUUUAUAACAUUCACAUAUAAGUCAGACCAUUGAGGUUAUUUGUCUAAAGUACAUCAUCAUGUACAAUAUUUUAAAAAUUGAUAACAUAUAAUAUAUGACAUAAUCUGUGUUAUAGGCAUGUUCAAGGCAUACAAGAAAAGCAAAUAUGCAUAUGCUGUCCUCUUAUACCUUGUGAAGAUUGUUGCUAUCCUUUCUAAGAAAGAAGCACACAGCUUAAAAUGGAACAGAUCUUUUAAUAAGCAUGGUACGAAAGCAGAAAAUAUUCCUCUUGAUCUUAGAAUGGAACAGCUAAAACAAGAUAGUGAAAACUACGAGGAGAUCACUAGGGGCAAAUCUCAAUGA